GAUGCAGAAGUGGGGAGGGUCGAGGAGCAUUAAUUUGCAGAGGUGGUGGAAUUUGAGGAAGAAGAAGAAGAGUUCUUUGUGAAGGAGAGGAAAAGGAAUGGCGUUCAUGAGAGGAGAGCCAUUGCUGGCGAAGCUGGCGGUGUUGGCCAAGUACGCGGUGCUUCCGGGAGCCAUGGUCGCCGCUCUUAUCUACUCUCCUCCCGAUUAUGGCACCUCCAAGGACGACAAAUCCCGCAAAUAAGUCUCCGUUCUUCUGUUCUUGGACCAUCUCGAAUGCUUAGGCUUGCAUGUUUUGCACGCAAUGUGGUACAUUCAAUAACCGCUGGAUGUCUUUCGCCGGCAUGUAAAGACUUCAUUGUUGCUGUUUACCUUUCAGCGUUGGAUCUUUCUUUGUUUUUUUCUUAGACUUUUUUCCCAAGAUCAGAAUGAUCUAGAUAAAUUCAGGAUUGUCCCUUUGAUGGAAAGUGUGGGAUUUUUAUCUCUUUGCAAUGCAAAAUAAUUUGAAUUGUCAUCU